AUGUUCGAGGCGCCUCAAAAGCCGUUCCCUCCGUUCUCCUCCUCCGCUUCCCCUUCCUCAAGCUCCAACCGCCGCUCGAUUUUCCACCCCGCUCAACUUUCCCCAUCUGCCUCUUCCUCAUUCUCGUCGUUUGAGAAUGCAGCGAGAUCCAGCGGCCGGCAAUCGUAUCAAAUCCGCCAUACAAGAUCCGCUACAGAAUUUGCAGGUGAUUGCUCCGCAGGCGCGUGGCGGCUGAUUGCUCCUCCCGAGAGCUAUGGGCUUCCGGGGAUGGUCUCUCCUGGCCGGCUGGCAGGGGGAGGAGGAGCAGGAGGAGGAGAAGGAGGAAGAGCAGGAGGAGGAGUAGCAGGAGGGGUGAAAAGUGGUGCUGCAAGGAAAGAGGGUAGCAGGCUCAGGCACAGCCACAGCAUAGACUUUGCGUCUGUGAUGAAGAGCAAAGACUGGCUUCAUAGCCCUGAGUCCCCUGCUCAGGUGGUGGCUGCCGCUGCUGCUAGGGGGGCAGCAGCGGUGGCGGGAGCGGCAAAGCAGCAAGUUGUUGCUAGCCUGACUGCUGUAGCAGGGGCUGUAGCAGGGAGUGUGGUGGGGACUGUGGCGGGGACUGUUGCAGGGACAGUGGCAGGGGCUCCUCUCACCCCCUCAUCUCGUCCUCCUUCUCUCACACUCCCUCCUCGAUCUCCUUCUCUCACUACCCCACCUCUAUCCCCUUCAUCAACCCCCCCACCUAAAUCUCCCUCUUUCACUCGCCCGCCGCGAUCUCCUACAUCAAUCCCUCCACCUCGAUCCCCUCCUCUCACUCCCUCAUCUCAAUCCCCUCAUCUCUCUCCCUCUCACUCCACACUCUCUUCAACUCCCGGCUCGAGUGCACUGAGCGAUAAUCCAGCUGCCUCCCCUCCUCCGGGGGUUGUGAGGGGAGUUCCUUCUGAUGUGGCAGGAGCAGAAGGAGGAGGAGGCGGAGGAGGAGUGAAAGCCAGUGUUGCUAGGAAAACGGCAAUCAAGCACAGGCACAGCCAGAGCGUGGACUUUGCUUCUGUGAUGAAGAAGAACUGCGACUGGCUGCACAGCCCUGAGACCCCUGCUCUGGUGGGGGCUGCUGCUGCAGCUGCUAGGGGUGCAGGGACUGCAGCAGGUGGCACCAGAAGUGAAGGGAAUGCAUUUGGCAGCAGGCCAAGCGCACCACGAUCCACUUCUCUCACUCCCUCUCAUUCUCCCACCGGUGCCUUAUCCCCUUCUGCUCACCACUGCAGUACCAAACCAGCUGCAUCCACCACCACGCCCCCCCGCAAGCGGGUUUCUUGGCGCCUUGAUUCCGACCCGUUGCCUGCCACUGCCAGUGCAACGCCGGGGGUGAAUGAGUCGCUGGUUAAUAUAUUUGAUAAGAUCGCUGGUCGCCCUUGCACGAGGUGA